CCAAUUCUCGCGAUGGUUACAGCGCCAGGGCCUCUCCAAGGAGCUGUGCUUCAUGGCGGUCACGGAGACUGCGAAUUUGUUGAGUUGUUGAAGCUCCCCCCCAUCUUCCUCCCUUCGGGGGCUUUUCUUCCUUAGUGUGGUGGAACCAACACCUUGCGGGUUUGGGAGGUGACGUUAUGACGAUGGAGAAUGGACAGGGCACAGGCUCUAAGCUUGGCCUGCCGCCACUCACCCCGGAGCAGCAGGAGGCGCUGCAGCGGGCAAAGAAGUAUGCCAUGGAGCAAAGCAUUAAGAGUGUCUUGGUGAAACAGACCAUUGCCCAUCAACAACAGCAGCUCACUAAUCUACAGAUGGCAGCAGUGACUAUGGGCUUUGGAGAUCCUCUCUCACCUUUACAAUCGGUGGCGGCUCAGCGGCAGCGCGCUCUCGCCAUCAUGUGCCGAGUGUACGUGGGCUCCAUUUACUAUGAGCUCGGAGAGGACACCAUCAGACAGGCCUUUGCGCCCUUUGGACCCAUCAAGAGCAUUGACAUGUCUUGGGACUCGGUCACCAUGAAGCACAAGGGCUUUGCCUUUGUGGAGUACGACGUGCCAGAGGCUGCCCAGCUGGCUCUGGAGCAGAUGAAUUCCGUCAUGUUGGGUGGGCGAAACAUUAAGGUUGGGCGCCCAAGUAACAUCGGUCAGGCGCAACCCAUCAUUGACCAGCUGGCAGAGGAAGCGCGCGCGUUUAACCGCAUCUACGUGGCGUCGGUGCACCCCGACCUGUCGGACGACGACAUCAAAAGUGUCUUUGAGGCUUUCGGGAGGAUCAAAUCUUGCAUGUUAGCCCGAGAUCCCACCUCGGGACGCCACAGGGGCUUCGGCUUCAUCGAGUACGAAAAGCCGCAGUCGGCUGUGGACGCCGUGUCGUCGAUGAACCUCUUCGACCUGGGAGGGCAGUACUUACGGGUGGGCAAGGCCGUCACCCCGCCCAUGCCUCUGCUGACGCCCACCACACCCGGUGGCCUACCGCCGGCGGCGGCCGUCGCGGCCGCAGCAGCCACUGCAAAAAUCACAGCGCAGGAGGCCGUAGCCGGCGCGUCAGUCUUGGGAGCCCUAGCCGCGCCCCAGCUUCUCAGUCAGCAGAUGGGAAUCCCGCAGGCCGUGAUGGCCGCGCAAGCCCCAGGCGUCAUCACGGGGGUGACACCGGUCCGACCCCCCAUCCCUGUGCUCCCCCAAGUGGGCCUAGUGAACCCGGUGCUGGCCUCGCCGCCCGUCCUGUCCACUCAGGUGCUGGCGGCCGCUGCUACCGCAGCCAGCCAGCUGCAGGAAAUAAAGGAGGAGAAAGAGGAGAGCCUCCAGGAUGGCACGGGGCAGGAGAUGCUUAGCGACCAGGAGCACAUGAGCAUUUCGGGCAGCAGCGCAAGGCACAUGGUCAUGCAGAAGCUGCUUAGAAAGUCAGAGUCGACAGUAAUGGUCUUGCGCAACAUGGUGGGCCCGGAGGACAUAGACGACGACCUUGAAGGCGAAGUGACGGAAGAGUGCGGCAAAUUCGGCUCGGUCAACCGCGUCAUCAUCUACCAGGAGAAGCAAGGCGAGGAGGAGGACGCCGACAUCAUCGUCAAAAUCUUCGUGGAGUUCUCCAUGGCGUCGGAGAUGAACAAAGCCAUCGCCGCGCUCAAUGACCGGUGGUUCGGCGGACGUAAGGUGGUCGCAGAGGUCUACGACCAAGACCGCUUCAACAGCAGCGACUUGUCGGCGUAAAAGCCAUUCAUUCCCGUCUUUGUAAUUACGUCAUUUUUUAAAAAAAGGAAACACAAAAACCGGUAGCUGUUUAUUAACGACGCCUCGUUGGGAUUUUUUUGGUUUGGCUUCGUGACCUGUGAAGACUCCUCCUUUUUUUGUAACCCGCACCCAUAAACAAUAGGUUUAUUUUUUGUUGUGUUCAUUUUGGCUCACAUUUUUUCAAGAACGCGUUGGACCAUGUAAACACUGUUUGUUUCUACGAUUAAAGGUUAUUUGUCCACAACAUUGGUCAUGUUUUUUUUUUUUUCAUCAUAAUGGAACACUGCUUGAAUGAAAAAAAUGCUGAAUGAUAUACAAUUGAUUAGGGCUGCAACUAUCGAUUAAGUGAUUG